AUGCAAACCAUGGUUCCCGAGGUGGAGAAAAAAAUUGAAGAAUGGCUCAAGUGGGAUAAAAACGAGGUGACACGUUCAGAAAUCGUUCGGUUGAAGAAUGCUGGUGAGGUAGAAAAACUAAAGGGAUUGUUACUGAACCGGAUGGAAUUCGGGACGGCUGGUCUUCGGGCUCGCAUGGGUCCCGGGUACAGCCAGAUGAACGAUUUGACGAUAAUCCAAACCACUCAAGGUCUACUGAAGUAUGCUCGUACCCAAUUUCCUCAUCUCAAGGAAAGCGGAAUAAUUAUUGGGUACGAUGCCCGGCAUAACAGCAAAAAGUGGGCGAAAUACCUUGCCAACAUAUUCUUAAAUGGUGGAUGUCUUGUCUAUCUAUUUCGUGAAAAUUAUCCAACUCCAUUAUUGGCCUACGGGGUUCGACAUUUCAAAACAUGUCUUGGUGUAGUUAUCACGGCUUCACAUAAUCCAAAAGAGGACAAUGGAUACAAAGUCUAUUGGGACAACGGGUCACAGAUCAUCAGUCCCCAUGACAAAGGCAUUUCUCAGUGCAUUAAUGAGAGCUUGGCUCCCGAGGAUGCCUCUUGGAACACCGAAGGCGUCGAAACGCAUCCACUGUGCCGUGACCCAAUGCCAGAGAUAAUUGACACAUACUGCCGGCUGCAGAAGGAACGAGUCUGUUUCACACCCGAAGAGAAUCCAAAGUGUAAAAUACAGUUUACCUACACCGCUAUGCACGGAGUUGGAUGGGACGCGGUCAAACGUAUCUGCCUCAGCUUCGGGUUUGCUUCUCCGUUGCCCGUUCUUGAACAAAUAACUCCAGAUCCUGAAAUACCCACGGUGAAAUAUCCGAACCCAGAAGAGGGUCGUUCAGCUUUGAGUAUGGCGAUUGCGCGCGCUGAUUCAGCCAAUUCUCCGGUCAUUUUGGCAAAUGACCCCGAUGCGGACAGGUUGGCAGUGGCUGAGAAACAACAUAAUGGAAAGUGGAAAAUCUUCAAUGGCAAUGAACUGGGUGCCAUGUUUGGCUGCUGGAUCUGGUCACAAUGGAGAAAACGCAAUCCAGACGCUGAUCCCUCCAGGUACGGAAUGUUAUCCAGCACCGUUUCGUCAAAAAUAUUGGACACCAUUGCUAAGAAGGAGGGUUUCUACUUUGAGGAGACGCUAACUGGUUUCAAGUGGAUGGGCAACCGCGCGGAUCAGCUCGCGAAAGAGGGGAUCAAGAUACUGUUUGCCUUUGAGGAGGCUAUCGGUUUCAUGUGCAGUGAUGUCGUCUUGGACAAAGAUGGUAUCGGUGCACUUGCAGUCAUGUCCGAAUUGGCGAACGACGUAUAUUCGAAAGGUGGAACUCUCCAGGGCUAUCUAGAAAACAUAUACGCAACAUAUGGGAUUCACAUCAGCAAUAACAGUUACUACUUUUGUUACGACCCUCCAAAAAUCGCGGUAAUGUUUGAAUAUAUUCGGAACUGGCCGGACAAUCCUGGUCCUGCAGGUUAUCCCCAGCAACUCGGCCGAUUUCGGAUUGUCAACAUUCGUGAUUUGACCACAGGCUUUGACGAUAAUUAUCCGGACAAGAAAGCACGUCUUCCAGUCAGUAAAUCUAGUCAACUGAUUACUUUCACCUUCGACAACGACGUCAGCCUGACCAUCCGUACCAGUGGGACGGAGCCCAAGAUCAAAUACUACUCGGAGCUGCGUGCAAAGCCAGGGAGCUCGUAUUCCGAACAAGCGCUUGCAGCCGAACUGGAAGAGCUGAUUGGCCUUGUGGUAAAAGAGUUCUACAGACCAGAAGUCUAUGGAUUCGUAGCUCGUUCUUCAUGAUUCUGCACUUCUCCGAUGGCCACAUCGUAUCAUCAGUUGUGUUCACCGUUUUUAACACGUGUUUCCCUAUCUUACUCAAGGAUAAUUUACCAUGGGUUCCUUUUACUAACUUACUCCGACUGUGCUCUACCCUGUUAGGCUAUUUUUUUUAUACCGAUUCAGACCCAAACUUGGUCUCAUUUCCUCGAAUUCCUUGUUUUCAUCGUCUGUGUAAUACACUUUUUGGUCA